CCACCAGUUCUUCAAGAGUGAUUUUUUCCAUUUUUCUUUUUUUAAAUUUGUGAUUCAUUUGACUUUUUUUUACUCUAACUUCUUAUCAUCAUGUUUCAUUUAAUUAAAACUUUUCUCGAACAACUUUUAUUGUCGGUGAAUCGUUUCGCUUGUUAUCAUCGCAUCAUAGCUUCACCUUGCCAUUUCCGAACUUCUUUAUUUCCCUUACUUAUUAAUAAUAUCGACUCUAAUAAACAAUUUACGAUCGAAUGCGAAUGGCGAACUUCGCCGAAACAACCGUUCGACAUUCGAUUAUCUUUUCGAAAUCGUCAUCUUUGUUCAUGGUGGCCUUUAUUAUCGAAUUUGGAAAUCGAAUUGUUUAAAAUUCACGAAGAUUUCAUAUUGCCUAUAAAAGUUAUAACUCAUUCGUUGAAUACAUUAGACAUUCAAUUUGAUCGUCCAACAACUUUUUCUAUAUUGUUAGAUGAUUCUACAUUUGAUAGUGGUAAUGGUUUUUUAUCGUCAUUUGAUACUUAUUUUGAUAAGAUUGUUCUGAUCAAAUUAAAUCCAAAAUCUAAAAAUUAUUUUAAUCAACGAAGAUCAGAGCUUUUUGUUUAUACCAUCGAGAAUUUCGCUUCGAUGACCAAUGCAAAAAUUGUUCAAUCACGAGAAUUCGAUAAAUUCCUUAUAUCUUUUGAAAUAGAUGAAACUGGUCUCAGUGAAUCUUGCAAAUAUUUUCAACAAAUACAUUCAUAUUUGUUCGAAUAUUUAAAGAUUGAUAACAAAAUCAUUGAUAAUGUUUGUGUGAUCAUUACGGUUCUUGAAAAUGAAUCUUACCAUGUGAAUUGUUGCCAACGUUUAUUUAGUGAAAAAUUACCCAAUCUUACAAUAAAGGUGAUCAAAAUAGGAACUGUUUUCGAUAUUGAUUAUUGUAAUCAUAUUCAAUCUUAUGAACAAUUUAAGCAUUGGCUUAAGGAGAAUGAAGUUAUUGACAGUGACCAAGUUUCUCAAGAGAAUUUAGAUUCAAUCAUAAAGACUAUGGAAUUAUGGACACUACUUUCUCCGUCUUCUAAUAAAACAUUAAAAUUAAACAACCUUGAACAAAUCAGAUCAAAAUAUAAUCAAUCAAUAUUUGUUCAUUAUAAUUUAGCAAGAAUCCAAUCCAUCGUAGAAAAAUUUCGCUCAAAUUUUUCACAGAUUGCGGAAAAUAAUGUUAAUUUCACUCUUCUAUCAAACGAAUUCGAAUGGACAAUUAUGUGGAUUUACAUGAUUCGUUUGCAAGCAUUGAACGAAACUCUUAUUGUAGAAAUCUUUCAUCGUUAUCAGUCUACAAUGAAUUCUAUUAGCAAAAUAAUCUCCGCUAUCGAUCAAUUAUGUCAUCAAUUCAGUAAAUAUUAUCGUAGCAUUCGAAUUUUGUUACCAAGUUCUAACGAUAAUCAUCUUGAGCCACUCAUCGCAACACUUGCUGUCGCUGCCACAUCGUUGUUACAUCAAAAAGCGAACGAUAUUCGUCAAAAAUGUAUCUCCUGGCAAUCCUAUCAUUCUUCUCAGAUGAUUUCCGAUCGAGAUUUUAAAUUCAUUACCUUAUAUGAAAAAGUGACUGCUGAUAAUCGUGCAGAAUUCGUGCAACAACAUGCAAUGGAAAUGGCUGAAACAUUUUUGACAAUGUUGUCGACCGUUUCAAAAGAUGAAACAAUCCAGUAUAUAUUAUGCUUGAUUGAUGAAUUGUUUCUUGAGGAUAGAAAUCGCGUCGAAAUUUUUCACACUUAUUGUUCCAAACAUAAAGAAACACUUUGGAAACAUUUUUUCCCAUUACUAUUGAGAGAGGAUGAAUUCAUCCAGAAUAUGACUUCUCUUUUGAUUUCCAAAAGCGCUUGUUGGAGUGCCAAAAAUCGACUAGAAUCGAGUGACCUAACUCUUUAUUUUAAUUGGCUAAUCGAACGGAUCAAAGCGAACACUGAUUAUAUCCAAACAAUUGCCCGAUGUUUGCAAUUGAUGCUACGCAUUGAUGAAUAUCGUGAAACAUUCGUCAAUCUCAACGGAUUGACUGCCAUUUUUGAUUCAUUCGGCAAUUGUAGCAAUUUCCAAAUCCAAUAUCAGCUAAUAUUUUGUGUGUGGGUCUGUACAUUCGAUAAACAUUUAGUAAUGAAAAUGAAUCGAUACAACGCUAUUCCAAAACUGGCCGACAUUCUUUCCGAAUCGAUAAAAGAAAAAGUCAUUCGAAUGAUAUUGGCAACAUUCCGUAACCUGAUUGAAAAACCUUCCGAAGAUGAGCCUGAAAUUGCACGUGAAAAUGCCAUCACAUUAGUUCAAUGUAAAGUGCUUAAACAUUUGGAAAUCCUUCAACAGUCUGGACAAAAAUUCGAUGAUCCUGAUAUCAUAGAUGAUAUAGAGUUCUUGUAUCAAAAACUUCAAGAAUCAAUUCAAGAUUUAUCAUCGUUUGAUGAAUAUUCUACCGAAGUUCGUUCAGGACGACUAGAAUGGUCUCCGGUACAUACUACCGAAAAAUUUUGGCGCGAAAAUGCUGCUCGUUUGAACGAGAAAAACUAUGAAUUAUUAAAAAUAUUGAUUCGAUUAUUAGAAGCAUCUAACGAACCGAUGGUUUUGGCCGUUGCUGCACAUGAUAUUGGCGAGUAUGUUCGCCACUAUCCUAGAGGUAAAGUGGUAAUUGAAAAUCUUCAUGGUAAAGAAUUGGUCAUGCAUCUUUUGUCACAUGAAGAUGCAAAUGUUCGAUACGAAGCUUUACUGUGCGUGCAGAAAUUGAUGGUACAAAAUUGGGAAUAUCUUGGUCGACAAUUGGAAAAAGAAGGAAAAAAAGAUAACACUAAUUCUAAAAAGAAGGAAAUAUCGGUCAAGUAAACUCAUAUCCGUUGUCAUCUCAUCAUUCAUAUUUUAUCCAAGAAUAUUUGAUUUGUUCAUUAAUUUAAUUAUGGCUUGUUACAUUUAAUUUGUUUGUUCAUUGUUUUUCAUUCAUGUUCUAGUCUGGGUUUAUUGAAAAAAACAAUUGUUUGAAAUUCCAAUUUAAUUUAGAAUUCUUUGCUUGAUUUAUAAAUAUGAUUU